AUGCAACAUAGCUGCAGUUUACCUCUCAGAGUUGGCGUUCCAAGGAAGCCUUCGCGUAUUAUUGCAAGUACCGCCAUGAUGAACGCUGGUGUGAUACAAAGUAAUGUGUUUAGCUUCAAAAGCAAUUUACACCUCGCUAUUCUUAGCAUCCAUAUUUUAACAACACUCUAAACGCUGCUGUAUAUUGUUAAGUAUUAAUAUCAGUGCUACAGUAUGGCAUAAUGACGUUACACUCAACCGCCUUUAACUCUUGAAUUUUGACAUAUAGAUUGUUUGACUAUAACAGUGCACAUUAAUUUCAUUUCAGACUCGUCUCGGAGAAUAGCGUUAUGCGUUGGUUGUGGCGCUCAAAUCACCGAUCAAUUUAUACUGAGAGUUUCGCCUGAUCUUGAGUGGCACGCUACCUGUUUAAAAUGUUCGGAGUGUAAUGUCGCCUUGGAUGAGACAUGUACAUGUUUUGUACGCGAUGGCAAAACGUACUGCAAACGCGACUAUUAUAGGUAAAUGUUUAUGCUUCAUCAAUAUAAGCCUUUAAACUGUAGUAUAUAAUACGAGUGCCUCGAUCCAAUAUAAUUUUCACAAUUUCCGUAGAAAGGAAGGGGGUCUCAUUUAUGUUUAUCGAUAAAUGAGUAUGUUGUGAACUAAACCAUAGCAUGAACGUCUCUCGUUAAUCUAUUUGUAUUUCAUUCAUAAUGCCCACCCUGAUUUUGUGUAUGUUUAUAAGUGAGUGCUAAGACGCUAGUAAAGGCUUGAGCCGUUUGCCACACGCUCAAUAUAUAUAUCCCCUCAUCACUGUUAAAAAUCUCAGUGGUCAAGCGAUUAUAGACUUGGCGCUUACAUGUUUAGUUCGAUCAAUUCGCCCCGCCUCCGAAGUCCAGUGUAGCGGUCCUAUUGAUCUACAUCGCACUGGAACUGAGCUACCCAAAUGCCUUUGUCUGUAAUCUUUCACUUCAUAGCAAUCGCAAAAAGCUGAAAGAUUUCACGGUUAUUCGAGACACAUACGACAUUCGGCCACUCGAGCGUAUCCGUGAUCCGCUAAUAACAAUUAUUCACAUACUAAUAUUCACCCUGUUCAGCGUGUAAACUUCAACAUCAUUGUUUGAAGUUCUCAUUUGGAUCAAACGAAAGCUAUUUACUCUACUCAUUUAUUGAACGUUCUUGUGGCAAGUUUAUUUCACACGCAUCUCGGAAACUAAAGCAUUCCGCAAUAAAAUCUUGCAACGCACCCACGCACAGAUCGACUUGUCAGUGGCCAACUCCGCUCUUGUCCUAUAGUUUAAAAUUACCCCCACACUAAACCAUAAAUACUCCGUUUCUAGGUUAUUUGGUUCAAAAUGCGCAAAAUGUAAUCAAGGUUUUAACAAGAAGGAUUAUGUUAUGAGGGUUAAAAAUAAGAUAUUUCACAUGGACUGUUUUCGUUGCGUCGCAUGUAGCAAGCAAUUGGUACGCGGUGAGGAAUUCGCUCUUAGAGAUGACGGCUUAUUUUGUAAAGCCGAUCACAUUAUCCUAGAGAAAGCCAGAGAACAUUAUAGUACGGAAAAUAUUGCCGUAUCCAUAAACACAGGUAAGCUAUAGCCUUGUUUCAAUAUUUAUACUUGUACUGUACAUUUUAUAAUCAAGUCAUGCAAGCUGGGUUUGCGAUGCGCUUAACGCAUAUAUAUAUAUAUAUAUAUAUAUAUAUAUAUAUAUAUAUAUAUAUAUAUAUAUAUAUAUAUGUAUGCGUUCGUUUCCGUACGAAGUAAAUUUAUGACUUGAUGAUCUUCGCUUAUCGGGGCAUAUCAGUGCUUUUAUAAGAACGCAGGCGUAACUUCAGAUACGAUAUAGCAUUUAAAUUGGUGUAAAGCCUUCAAGAAAUCUCUGCGGUAGGUCUAUGGGGUGUAAAAUGCGAGAGGUUGGUCCGAUGUAGUUGUCGCACAACACAUGUCGAGUGAUGUCUUCAUUAGUGCAACGAGUUAGACGUCCUUGCCUGUAAUCAUAGAAAGUUGUGAUCAUGCUUUGAUUAAUUGUCGAAUAAACUUUAAACAGGCUUUAAACUCGCAAAGCGGAGAAAUUGGCAAAGGAUUACAAAAUUGAACAAUCGUUUCGUAUACACGGUGUGACACUCAAGCCGAAGUUCGCAAUAUGACGUUUAGUUUUGUUUAUCGUUAUAACCCCCCAUAAAACGAUGAACCGUUUCUACUGAUUUUCUUUUUUUACUGAUUGAGGAAAUGCUGCAUGUUAGCGUGCUAUAAAUUUGACAUCCUGUGCUCAAUAAAACAAUUCUGUACAUUAAGACUUUAAUAGCGGAGUCCGCUUACAAAAAUGUCAAAUUUACCUCAACAAGCAGGCUCUAUCUCACAUGCUUGCAAUAAUUUCUUAGACAAGGACUACAGUGUUGCAACCUUUAUACAAAAUGCUGCAUGGUUAGCCGAACUGCUAUACUGAAUUUUACAUCCUGUGUUCAAUAAAACAAUUCUGUACAUUAAGAUUUUAAUAGUGGAAUCCGUUUACAAAAAAGCGGGUUCUAUCUUUAUACGCCUGCAAUAAAUUCUUAUAUAUAGGCUUGUAGACAAGGACUCCAUUUUUGUAGCCCGCAUCUAUACAAAAUACUGUAUGUUACCUUCGAUUAAACAUACUGAUUGGUGUAAAUUUUACAUCCAGUGUACAUUAAGAUUUUAAUAACGGCCGGAGUCCGUUUACAUGACAAAUAUAAACUACCGAUGCACGGGCAAAUACUAGCCUCAGUCAUAAUAUACCGAUUGACUUCGAAGAGUAAAAAAAAAUUCUUGGUAAUACAAUAUAGUUGGCAACAGACAUAGUGAAAUGUGAGUUUGCGUGGAUGCAUGUACAUUGCGAUUACAGUUUAUAUAUGGUGAAACGUCUGAAGACAAUACGAAGCAAAGAGAUCUCUUUUAUCUAAUAUAGUUGUACAGAGGUUGGCCGCCGCCCUCAUAAAUCCCUUUCAAUAUACAUUCCUUCACAAUUCCGUAUGUCCAGACGCCUUUGGCUUUUUGCCUAAAAACACGAAGUAUUUAACCACAGUUAUUUAAAGAAUAAGGGAACUAUACAUGCCUGAUGCAAUAUCAAACGAACAGGAAUAGCCCGCGUUCGCGGCUCUUAAAACUUUAAGUUGUAAGAAUGAAAAAAAAAUCGUCUAGUUUCUUUAAUAAAAGUCCUUCCUAUAUUUGAAGAAAGAUUUUCUUUUCUAUAUGUCUCUUUGUGUCGAGAGUCUAAGGACCGAGAUCUCCAAUGUUCAACUUAGCAUAUAAAAUAUAGAGCAAUGGCACUUUCAAAGGCAUGUUGAGUGGCACUUGUUGCAAGCAUAACAUUCGUAGUCUCUUCGAUUAGAAAAAAAAUCGCUAAAGAAAUGCAUGUGCUUUUGCAAAUCAGUUACGAAGUCUAGAAAGACUACAGAUUAAAAAAGGCGUCCAAACAAAUAAAGGCAAUUGAAUUUUGGGGUUUCUGACCCAGAUAUUGUCGCCAUCCUGUCGCGUAGCGGUUACAGUAUUAAAAGUGUAUCAUUUAUGUUCUGCCUGUAUAGACAACUAAAACAACUAGUACAAACCCAAUUUCAACCAUUCUACUUAAUCUGCUGUACCUUAAAAGAGAACUACAUUCCAACUUCUCGGUUUUUUCCUUCAAAAUUGUUCGAGCCUUAGAAAGACGUAUAUCGCGUGCAAGUUCAUGCUGUCCGUUUAACUAAAUUGUUGUCAAUUCCUAUCAAGACAGACCGCAAACCAUAUUGUGGUGUUGGUCUUUUUAAUUUCAAACAAUAAAUCAUCAACUCUAUGUACUUUCGCAGUAUCACAUUCGAACCGCGAAUCAAUUCUCUGUGGUAGAAUGUAGAGUCUUUCUGGCCCUGAACUGACCAGAACUGUAUUUUUUCAGUCAUGCAAGACUCAUGCAAGUUAGGUUAUUUUAAAUACGAAGGAACUAUAAAUAUAAAGAUUUAGUUUAACUGAACAUCUUCAAACAUAUUGUGCUUCCUUAUCUUGCUAUUACAGAUAUAUUUGGCUAAACAAAUCAGACAAAGAAAUCUCGAUUAUAUAAAUAUGAUAUAACAAUUGUUAUAGUUAUGUAUACUCUGAAGACAAAAUUGGCAUCAAAGUAUAUAUGGAAGAAUUAUAAUAAAAGAGGGAUUUCUAUCCUGUGGCAUUGAGUUGAUUUGGAACAAUUGUGUCCCAUGAAAGUGGUCUUAUCUGAUAUUUAUAUAAUCUAAAAUCAUAUCAGUGGUUUUGAAUAUAGCGCCAUGGAGCCGUGAAUCCUCAAAUUGUUGCCGAUUUGCAAUUAUCAUGGCUAACAUCGUGAACUCAAUAGGAAUUGGUCAAUCAACAUUUCCGCUGCAGACAAAAAGUAUGUCGUUUCGUUAAUUAAAGUUAAACGCAGAUAUUAGUUUUUCAACUAAGCCCUUUCCUUUCGUUAAACGACAACUAUUUCCUUAAUCAAACAUAACAAGGCUUAGCCAUUCGACACAGCUGUUCAGUACAGUGCACGCAACGAACAUUACUUAGGAUAUAUUGUGCUUGCCUAUGAAAUGUCCAUUAUUAUAUAGGUCUUCUCAAGUGUAUGCACUGUUUACCUACAAUAAAGUCUGCGUAUAUUUCACGCAGCGGUAAACACGAAGAUGCUUCAUUUAUAUUUUUAUAAGAAACUUUUAUGCAUUUUCUCACAAAGAGCAUUGCUCAUGAAAAAAAUUGUUUCAAUUCUAUGCCAAAUUGUAUGUCACACUCAUAACCCAGACCAAAUCAUAAAGAUAUUUGUACGGCUAUAUCAGUAUUGUAGCUUUACAAAAAUAUUAUGAGUAGAUGAGUUAGAUGUCGCGAGGAACUCAGUGUUCUGAGAAACAAAUUUGCGCAAUGACGCAGCGUCUUUUUAGACUUUACGACAAAAAUGUGUGCUAUCGAACUUGCUGCGCAUUGCUGUCCAGUACGACUAUAUUUUGCAUAAAUUUCACAUAUUUUACCUAGUGUGGUGAACUCGAACAAGGGACUUCGAACAAUUUUUUGUAGAGAGAAAAGUUUCAUGGGCAAUUGUCUAUGCACAAAAUGCCACAAAUUUGUCAGCAAGGCCCGUCGUCACUGAAAUAGUUAUAGGCUUGGUUAUGAAAAUUUGGCAUAAAACCAAAUCUAUUUCAACACCUUGCCAACGUGAAAUCCCGGUCAAUAGUGAUGAGAAUUGACAGUCGUGCAUUGGUACGGAGAUCGGGGGGACAUUUCAAGCUCUGGAUUAACAAAAUAAAGCCGUUGUUCCAACUAUGUUUAAACUUAAAUAUAGAAUAUAGAUGAUAUAUAGUGUUGGGAUAGCAUUAAGAUCAGUUAUCCAAGGUCGAGCGUGACUGCCAACUCUGACAAUGCACUGGCUCAUCUUCGUUUGAUCCGAUCUUCAUACCGAAUUCGUAAUCUUCCAGCCGAACCAACAAAUCAACAAUCGGUUGCAUGUGCCACAAUUUUGCAUUGCCAUUGUGGACAUAUCGGAGGAUAUUGGAUGAAAAUUUUGAAUAAAGUCAAACCAUGGCCGAGCGGUGAAUAUUAUAUGCUUAUCGCUAUCAUAAUCCAGACAAAAUAUUGACCAGCUUUAUUGAAUGUAAUAGAUAAAUUAUGCCAUGUACACAACAUAUUGGAAGACUAUAUAUAUAUAUAGAAUUAACUGAAUGUGUGCCGACUGCAUUUUAUUCUCAUUAUUUUGAGUUGGCGACGCCUGUAACAUCAUUAAUUGUGGUUCCAUCUCUUGCUUUGUGCCGGAACUAUAUAAUAAUUAUUGGGCAUGCACAGGCCGAAAAUUCGUGCCUUUUAUUGAGAUAUUAUUAGAUGUUUUGUAUAUACACAUGCAAUAUAAGAACAAUAUGUGCUCUGUUUGUGCACACAAACAAUAUAUCCUCUUUGUGGUAGCUAUCGACUGAAGAUAAACGACGCCUGUUUUGUUCGGCUCCCUAUACACUGAACUAACUGCAAAAUGAUUUUGACACAAAAACUUAUACUCAAACUUAUGAGCAAAUUUAGCCAUUUUUUUUAGUAAAGAUUUACUUUAUUUUAGUAAUUUUUCGCAAUAUUUUCAGUCACUGGGAGUGCAUUAAGUUUUGAAGACAAACUUUUUUGCAGUGAGAUUAUCCCACUAUCAUGCAGUUCCAAACUGCAUGAUCUCCCUAUUGACGGUCCAUGAAUUAAGGAUUACAUCUUCAUUUGGGCCAGUUUUAGUUCGUGAAUAAACCGCGCUAUACCCGAGGAAAACUCGCAGUAUUUGUUCUGAAUAGAGCAGAAGUAGGAGCAUUGUUCUCAUACUGCAUGCAAAAACCGAACUCGUGGCCGUGGGUCUCAGAAUCCAGUAAUCACAUUCUCAUUGCCAAAGCAUUUCAACUUUUCUCAUAUAUCAUACUCAAAGCAAUUUGCCAGUACCAAGGCAAUCAGUAUCAGUGUAUUUUUAAUCGUUAUCAUGAGAAAAAUCCAACACUGUGUUGUCAACAUAUAAAGUUGCUUCAAGUGGGAUUUGAACUCACAUAUUCAUGCAGCGAACCGGGGUAAACGCUCUACCAUGCACAAAUUCAAAUUCAUAUAUUUAUGCGUCGCGCACGAUGGCAACAGUGUUUCAACUCUAUUUCUGAGCCAUCGUCAGGGAAACAUGAUUCAAUAUAUUCAUGAGAAAAAUCCGUCGUUCUUUCUAGUCAUUGUUAUUAGUUUCGUAAGAACAAAUUGAGACUACUGUCCUGAAAUUUGUUUUCAAAAUCUUUAUUAGCUAGGCUAUAUGGAAAUGGAUUUAGUUGAUAAAAUACGGUAUGGAAAUAUAAUUUUCAUACUAUUUACAAUUUCUAUACUAUGGAUAUAUAGAAUGGAAAUAAUAUCGAUAUACUGUGGAUUUAGUCGGAUGCAGUAGCAGCUAGCAAGUUCCAAUAUGCCAAUUUCAGUGUAUUUUUUUUUCAGUGACACAAUAAUUUGAAUAUCGUGCAAAUUUGUACCUUAUUUUAAAAACAAUACUAUAGACGUUAUAUAUAAUUAUAUAAGAAUAUGAACAACCAGCGUUUAAUUUUAAGUCGAGUGUGCCUAUAAAAAGUGACAAGAUUAACUAAACUUGGUAAUUUUUCAAUUCUAACAAUAUAUGCGACAGUAUUCUUUGCUUACACAUGACGUCACUACGUGUCAUUAGGCGCCAUCUUUGUUGAUUUUAAAGUUUUGUCCAGCCGUUUACAUCGAAAUAGUUGAGUUACUUUCAUAUUUUUGGUUUGUUUUUGAAAACAUCUUACUGUAUUAUGGAUAGUUUACGAUUUCUGGCACAAUACGACAAAGAAUGAAGAAGAUAGAUUUUUAGUUGCCAUGAAAAUCAACCAAGAUGGCGUCGAUUGCAAACGAGCAAUAUAGUUUACAAUAAGUUUAUUUUUAUAUUUCCGGCAUGAAUUUUCUCCAUGAAUGUCACCAUCCGCAGCAAUUUUUAACAACCCCGAAGGUCAUGCCUUCUUGAUUGGAUGUAAUACUAUAUUAUUCAUUUGUAAGUUUAGAAAAUGUUUAUAUAUACUUUGUGUAACUUUACAAAGCAGUAACAAGUUUAAAGGAACAAUUUAAUUAUUAAAUUUACAUUACAGGAACUCAUAAAGCGCCUUAUGCAUCGAAAUUUCAUGAUCGCAUGAUAGCAAUGACAUUGCAAAGAAAAUUUAAAAUGACCAAACUAUCUUAGCUUCGUUCUUGAGAUAUUUGUUACAUUUCUUCAUAUGCAAAUUAUCCUCAUUUAUGGCCGAGGGAAUCAGUUAAAGUCAUAGAAUACCGUCCUCCGCCCGCAUGUCCAAAAUGCUGCCGCAAAAAAGUCAGUAUUUCAAAAAAUUUCGUUAUUUCAACAAUUAUCUACACUUUAAACUAUAAUUCAUCGCAGAAGUCAUGUAUUAAGGGCAAAGUCUACUUGUACAGCAAAGCUUUCACUUCGCUGGCCGAUUCGCUGCCUAGUUUUAAAGAUUGCUGGCAUAUUACUGAACAGGUUUAUUGACGUUCGACCAAUUUUCACACAUUUCUAAAAAUAAUGAAUAAUGAAUAAUGAAAAAAAGCCUCAUCUAUUUUUGAAAUUAUAAGGACGGUAUUCUAUGACUUUAAUUCCCUCGGCCUAAUGCUUUCUGAAAAAUCUUGAAGAUCUUGGGACAUCGCAUAUCGACAUCAUAAAGCCCGUGUAACGUGUUAUGAAAACAUACUAUAAAUAUAUGUUAUAUGUCGACAAAUUUGAAUCAAUUAUCAGAAAGCGUUAUGUAAUUUGACGUCAAAGGAGGAUAAUUUGGCCAUCAACUAUUGUUUUAAUAAGGAGAAGAGGAAAUUUUACUCUGCAUUAGUUCGAUAAUGGUUUUUUUUGUGAAACCUAUUAUAUAGAGACUUCCAGAAUAACCACGCAUUAUUAUGUAAUUAUUUAAUUAUACUUCCUCACGUGGGAAUUGUCAUUCAGAAUUCAGAGUCUCUAAUGUGACGGAUUGCACCUGUCUGAAUCAUCCCAAAUGGGAGGGGGGGGGGGGAACAUUUAAUCAGAGGGUAAUCGAUUCCCAGUGCAAGUAUUCUCAGAAAAGUAUAAAUAUGUCUUGAAUGAAAUGAUGGAUUAAUUCGUUUUUAAAAUUUAAUCGUUUAGAUUAAAAAAAUCGAUUUGAAAAUUAUACCAUAAUAUUUACUAUAAAAAACAGUACAUUCCAUCAUUAUGGGCGGAAAUUCGAGUCAUUAAUGUGCGUUACAGCCAGACACUGACGAUAUUGUACGAGAUUAUCUUAUCAGUGCUAAAAUAAUUUGAAAGAGAGGUUAAGUCUGUAUAAGAAGUAUAGACGAGAACCGUCCAGACGACCAGGUAACGAUGUGAGAGGUCGGUCGAUUAAUCGCCAGCAUAUCAUAAUUUCGAUCAAAAUAUUCGAAGCAAGCUAGACCAAGCUUUUGUCAGGUUGAUUGAAUUGUUCUUAUUCAAACAUAUAUGAGAAAGAGUAUAACUUUCGAACAUAGCUUCUAUGUCAGAAGACGAAAGAAUUUUUACAGAACCUAUAGUGUAUUAUUUUUAUUAUUAUUAUUAUUUAAAAAUAUUUUAAAACGGUAGCUCUUCAGGGCUCGUAGGCACCUGUUUUUCAAGAGGCCGUUUAUUACAGUAUUUACAAGCUAUAUAAAUAUAAUAACACAAAUAUACACACAAAAACAGAGAAAACAUAACGAACUUAAUAAUUGCAUGCACUACAUUUGUAUCUAAAAAUAUCCUAUCCUAUUUAAAUAUAAAACAACAAUAAGUCUAUGUGGAUAGUCUAUGCUAUUAAAAAAUGUUCAUUUCCUUUAUCAUAUACCUUUGAUACGUCAUAAUUUCUUCAACGCUAUAGAGACAAUUAAUGGAUGGGGUUUUUGCGAUAACCAAACGCUUGCGCCUUGUGAUUAUAAUAUUUACCGCGCGCAGACUUUGAUGACUUUUGGAAUUUACCAUUUUUCUAUUUUCCCUAAAUGUCAACGCUACCAAGUCGGAAACUCUAAAUACGCAAUGACCUUUGCCAUGAAAUUUUGUAAUCAAAUAACUGACGUCUUCCUGAUAACCGUUGUUGACAUGUAUUUGAUAUAUUCCACAUUGGACGUCGCAAAUCCCAAUUUGUUAUCCGCGUGCUCUCAUCGCAUUUUCGAUGCACCGUAUGUAUUCAACACUGAUGAUUGUUGAAUGAGGUCGAGCGUGAUAAUUUAUGAGGGAAUUAUCAAAGGCAAGGCAAGAAAUCCAAGAAGGCCUUCUCAACAAAGUCCAACACAAAGUGAACGACAAGAAUUCUAUCUAUAUGCACAAGUUCUCGCGUCAACCAUAUGGCUCCUAGUUAUAUGGUCAUGUUUAGUGCACAUUGCCAUUGGGGUUGGGGUUAGCCUGCUCCUAGCCUGCGUGGCAGGCUCUCAAUUUUAUGGGGGGCCUGAUUUGCAGCGAGCAGGGGUGUUCUCUGUGACACAAUAUAGUUGCCUUGCACACGCACGAUUUCAGGACAUUUUAGCCUGUGCCCAAUCUCAAACGAUGUCAUGAAUGUGCGUGCAGGCUUGGUUGGGGUGAGACAGGGUUUUGAUUGGGGCCAAGAUCCAAGAAUUAAAUUUGUAUUCAUGCGCGAAAUAUGACGAUAUGACCGCGCUAACUUCUGGCUGAGGUGGACAGGCAAAUAGACGAGACUGUGCUUACUGUUCUUAUCGAAUUUAUUAUUUGCUUUGUUGGAAACUAACAGUUGUUGUGUGGGGGAGAUACCGGAAAAAUAAUAUAAGAGCUUCGCCUUCGACGUUUCGACGCAUGGGCGUGAACAUAAACUAUUUACAAAAUAUUAAAAUGAAGAUUUUCCAAAAACGAAAAGACACAGUUACAUUGCUAAAUUGCAUGGUUAACGAGCCAGUUUCAACUAAUCUUUGUUUCAAAAUCGGUUUUGAAAGAACUUAAGGAAUCAGCAAUUUUUGCCUUGCGGGGAAGAUUAUUCCACUUCUUUAUAAUUGAAGCACCUCCUGCCGAAUUCCUUCUUCGGAAUAGGAAGAGCUAAAUCAGUUUCUUUAUUUAUUUGUAAGCAUUUGCUCUUUCCUUAUUGGAAAGAAAAACUUCUUUUAGAUUGGGUGCGGUGUGACCAUUUAGAAUUUUAUACAUAAAAAUAGCUUUUAAGUAAUUUCAUCUUCUAGAAGUUUCCAAUUUAAGUUUCCGAAGUAAAUCAGCGGAUCGAGCACCAGGAGUUAAAACUCUUGGCCAAGUGUGCUUCAAAGGAACAUGCUAAACCUCUUGUUCAAAUAUAGGUCGACCGACAUUUCAAGUCCGUCAUGAACCGAACAUUAAAAAAGUAGAAAAAACUACCAGAGUACGAACUGUUCUUAAUGAAAAACAAUUGCACACAUUACGGACGUGCUACGCGGCAAAUCCACGACCGGACGCGAUGAUGAAGGAACAGUUAGUUGAAAUGACCGGUUUGAGUCCGAGGGUUAUUCGAGUUUGGUUUCAAAACAAAAGAUGUAAAGAUAAAAAGAAGUCGAUUCAGAUGAAACAACAGGGAACAAGAGCUGUCAGUUCUCCGGAAGAUCAGGUAAGGAAAUAGAACAAUUAUUGUAAUUGUAGGAAUAGUUUAAUAGACGAUUCCCCUUAUUACGUUUUCGUAGCGCUUUGCAUUGUGGUUAUAGUGGUAUCACUGAUAAAGAUAGCGGCCUGGAAUGAAAAUAUUGAAUGUUUUCGCGAAUAUUUUGCUGUUUGGCUAUCGCGCACCUGACCCUAGCUUUUUUUAAAAGUUCUUGCACGGGUCAGGACAAAAAAUGCUGAAGCCAUCUUGAAUGUCAGUGAUACCACUAUAACCACAAUGCAAAGCGCUACGAAAACGUAAUAAGGGGAAUCGUCUAAGACUGGACAACAUGAACGCUUCUAAACUUAUUAGUUCUAAUGUUAAAGUGUCCAAGUAAAGGUCGUUCCAUAUCAUUCCAGCAUCAUUUCUGGAGGAAACCGGACUAGCCAGCGAAAAUCCACAAGGUCAUCUUAGGGCAUCGCUGGCGCCGUCGUCAGAGGAACGCCUUUCACCUUUGAGAUCGUGGGUUCAAUCCCCACUACGGACUUAUUACACGAACGCGAAAAGAGUCAGCCAACGCUCUACCGAGAAUCCUUGUUUUCUUCUGGGUGCUCCGGUUUCCUCCCACAGGGAAUGUUGAGCGGACGAGUUGGGAUAAACCCCAUACCGACUCUCCCACCGUAGCUGUGGUCCGUGAUCUGACAUUAGUCAUAAGGUGGCUGCCAGAGGCGCCCUUAGAAAGCCUUCGGCUCGAUCAGGUUGACGGCUGCAUCCUUCGUAAUUCAGCUUGACUCUCAGCUGUAAGUGAGGAUGAUUAGUACACCCCCACUUAUUUACUUACUUCAAACCACCAGUACUAACUUGGAUUCAAACCACAAGUACUAACUUUUAAUCCAUAUUUCCACUGCAAAAUAUUGGGUAUUGUCUUGAGAUCUAUGCAUUACUGCAUUAAUUGAGGUAUCUAUCAGUGUAGUACCUCCGAUCCGCCGGCAUGGAGUUGCCUGCAUGGCAUGCACACUUUCAAAUAAAAUUUUAAAAAAACGCAACAAACAAAAAUUCAAUUCAAGCUGAAGUUUAUUGCUGACAGAUCUAAAAGGUCACAAUUAUCGCCAUACUGAGGUUAUGUUGUCGCAGUUAAUUGAUUUUCCUAUCUCGAUCGGUAAAUAGGCUGUAGUCAGGGUGUCUGAUGACUAAUUAAAUAUGCAUGGUCGUGUGUUUCUGCUCCAAACACACACAUUUAAUUUGCAUUUGGUUCGCACGAAUAUUACUACCCAUCGCGUUUUCUAUUGUCUCUCUUCAAAACACAAAAAAGAUUUAUUAGCGCGUGACCGUAUUUAUAAAUUGGUGAACUACAUUAGCUUUAUUUGCACUCAUCAAAGUCACGUGGUCUGCUGGCCACGUGGUUUGUGAGACUGUUGUUCCAUCUUUGCAUAUAUAUAUUUAUACAUAUUGAAUAAAACCGACCUUUUUAAAAUCAAUCCAUUUACCUUGCAGUCGUCGUGUAGUUUAACAGACGGAUCAGGAGUAGUGCUUCAACAAUCAUUGCAAGAUCGGAAUGGUCUUGCGCAUGCGUUAGUAGCUUCCAGCCCAGACUCAGAUCCAGGCUAUCAACCGUGGAAGGCUUUGAAUGAUUUCGCCAUGCAGUCAGAAAUCGAGAGGACGCCAUUUGAACAGCUGGUAAGUCAAUUUGGUAAGUGAGCUUCGUAUUUAUAUCUGAAGCGAGAACUCGAGUUCAAACUGAAGUGAAGCUGGCUUCGUUGUAACCGCGUGGAGAAAAACAAUAGAAAGGGACUGGAACUGACGUCCUAUAGCUUUUCAAUUUCCGCCAUCUUGGCAAGGAGUGUGCCGAAAUUUCGCAUUUUGACAUCGAUUUAAAGAAUAACACUAUGGUUUUAUGAACUGAUAACUUGUUUAAUGAUACAGUCCCUUAAAGAUAAAGUGGAAUUAGCUGGGGAAAUGGUAUUAAAACUGUUUAUGACUUUCAUAGCUAUUGGACGUCAAUGGUCGCCAUCUUGGCUUCACUUUUCAGUUGGCCGAAUGACUGAAGUUCGCGCUCCAGAUAUAUAUAGAGCUCACUGGCAUAUACUCAGAACAUUCAUAACUCAUCUAUUCGUUCACAUGCGUCAAAAGAAGAAAAUCGCACUAGAUUUUAGAAACAAAACGAGAACCCAUUUUGUUUUCGUGGAAGUCAAAUCUGAACCUAUAAUAUCUGGAGCUGGGCGACCAAUCAAAUAGACAAUUCCCAUUUUAGACUAAUUAUAAUUUUAAAACUAGGCAAGGACUGAGAUACAAAUAAAUCACCACAGCUAGACAGAGUAUACAAAAAGGAGUAACAUUGCAAAGUUUGGUUGCGAAAUGUUGUAAAAUGCGGAAAAUAUAGCCAUGCAAAUUUGCAAAUUUUGUAUACUUUUGUAUUGCGUGCGGAAAUUGCUAUCACAUUUGGGGUCAAAAAUGGUAGCAAUUUGCGCACGCAAUACAAAAUUUGCAAACUUUCCAACUUUACUCAUUUUAGUAUAUGCUCUUUCUAGCUGUGCCUGUGGUGAUUUAUUUGCAUCUCCUUGCGUAGUUUUAAAAUUAGUCCAUAAUGGGAAUUGUCUAUUGCGUGAAAAGUACUAUCAUCUCCUAGAGUUAGCCAGUAUAUGGCUAUGAAAGAAUGUUGCCACGAAUCAAAAUUUGCACAUAUUUGUGAAAGUGGCCCAUUGCUAAACAUACUCUUUUUUCAGGUUAGUUUUUCUGAACAAAAUCCAAAUGUGACGUCAUUACUAAGCAGUACCACCUAGCGACAAUGGGGAAGGAAUUGAGGAAGAAAUUAAUCAUUUUGAAAUUGGAAUUCUGGCGUUGUUCAAAUCGUUUCGUGAACUUGAAAUAUACCACAAAUAUAUAUAUAUAUUAGUUGCUAAAUGAAAUGUUAAAAAUAUAAAUGCACAAAAUUAAAUAGAAACAUGUAAUGUAUUUAUUAUAUAUUAACCGUUAACUUUAAUAGUUUUCGUCUUUUGAAAUUUUUUGAACUAUUGAAUUUUUAAAUUUGCCCGAAUGUACAUAGCGAAUAGGAGUGGUGUAUCGUCGAAUAGUUGUACGCAUUCCUGGCAAUAUUUUUAAGCCUUCCACAGGCUUUAAAGUGCACACGACACCGUCGACACGAAAUUAAUUUUGAUCCAAACAGGUGCUUUUCAUGAGCCGUUAAUUAACAGCGCUUCUUCCCUUCCAAUUCUAGGGCGAGUGACGUUCAUAACAAUAAAACUGGCGGUCUUUUUGAAUUACAAUCGCAUACAUAAAAGAAGAACAGUGUUGCGAACUGCCAUGCUUUACUGCCAUAAUACAUUCGAUGUUGCGACACACAUUGAACGCAUUCCUAUUUUGUUUCCCUUUUUAUGUGAUAUAGGACAGCCAUGUUGUCAAAUUAUUCCCGCGUGGUGCUAAUUUUCCAACGCGCGAGGAUGAGAACAAGAGAAUGAGAGCAAUGUAACAUGAUAAUGUGUCAUGAUCUAUGCAGUUGGUACGGUUCAUGAUAACAAGCACGGCACUCAGUUUUUUUAGUAAAACUAUGAAAUUUCGUAUCAUAUAAAAUGAAAAUUCUAAAUCGAUAGUAAAUUUUGCAGGUUGUAUUGUUUGUUGCGUGCGUUGGCGCAUUACGUCAUCGUAUGCAUUUUAUAAACAUCGCUGCACGGCAUUAUUAAGAUCAAGACAAAGUGACGCCUACGACACACACGCAAAGUAAGAAAGCUAUAGGUUAGCAAAGGAACAUGUUUGACCGCAAAUAUUUUUUGAUUUAUCGAAACGUGGUCUGGUUUGUUUUCAUUUGGACUUUCUCCUCAAGGCUUGGAGUGGCAGAAGAGAGCACAUGUGCCAAAUUAUUCCUCAAGAAAAUUGAAGGUGAGUAUUGGUGUAUUGAGAGAGAGAUACUUCUACCUGAAAAUAUAAGCGGAACUUCGACCCUUCAUCGUAAAGGCCGCUUUCCACUACGCGGGAUUUCUCUUUGUCUUUAAAAUUAGUUCCACCCGAGAAAUCACAAGACAAAGAAAAAUUACGCUCCGCGCGUAAAAUUCCUCCCAGUGGAAAACAGCCUUCACGCUCGAAACGUCGAAGUUCUAUACGUAUAAUUUCCAAGUAGUUGUCUCUUUCAGUCCGUAGAUAUUUUGUUAUCGUUGCAACCUAUACAAUCAUGGAAAUUAAUUCGUAGACUUUUCAAAAAUUUCUCAAUUUCCCCCCUCCCCGUUUACAAUGUUGGUCUGAGGUCCAAUAACCAUGGUUUGAACCAACAUUGUGGUAGGGGAGGGGGGGGGGGAGUUACUAUUUCUAGCGAUCAUGGACGUUUGUAUUAGCUAAAAAUAAAAUGGCUUUACAAAAUAGUCAGACAAGAUGCGUUUUAAAAAAGUCUACGGAUAUUAUUUCCAUGAUUGUAGAUUGGCACCAACCGUUCGAGAAUACAUCGCUGUUUAACAAAUCAUGCCGAAUGGCUGUUUAUAAUUCCAAAUUUCUAUUUUUCAUUUUUUCUCUUUGUGCAGUAAUAAAAUUUGCUUAUAUAUAUAAUUCCUGCUAGUCUCCUCGAUAAACUCCAACUAAGGGCAUUUGCUUGAAAGGUCUUAUUUUUCAGGUUAUUCCAACGUAUUCCUAUUUCCACUGUAAGUUGGAAAAAAAGAUAUGUUAUUUUUUUGGUUUUUUUAUAUUUUUUUUCAUUUUCGUAUAGUUUACCGUAAAGUUCGGAAUAAUUUUUUUUCCAAUAGUCGAAGGCAUGGCCUUGUCUCUGUUUUUGAGACUAAAACAGAUUUGCCAGUCUUUGAUUAAAAAAUGAAAAAGAGGAAUAACAGUAAAAGUUGGCUUUCGUGACGAAAGGCCCUUCAAAUUUUGAAGGUGUAAUUUGAUUAGUCAUCAACAAGAAUUGAAUGACUUUUUUACGCCUUUUUUGUAUUUUAUUUACAUUAAACAUUUUUUUCAUGGCGUUUAGUCACGAAAACUGCAUGAUUUCACUAGCUUCAAACUGCAUGAUUUCACUAGCCUCUUUCUUCUCCUCCCCCCCCCGUCCGUGCAGGCUAGCGUAUGUGCCACCAUCAUUUUAGACGAUAAAGAUAGAUAGAUAGAAAAAUUUAUUUUAUACACGCUGACCCUAUCAACCGCAGCUGAUUUCCAUGAGGGGCGUGUCAAAAAAACAAUGUUACAAUUUAGAAGUGCUAUUAAUAUAAAGAGCUAUUUACAAAAAUAGUUAUGUUUUUAAAAAUGGAAUAUUUAAAUUAUUUAAUUACAUAAUAAUAACGUUGUUAGACUAUUUACGGGUAAUCAAUUUACUUUGGUCGACUCAUUUAUAUGAGCUGCGAUUUUAUUUUGAAAGGAAGAAAGAGAUCUGCUCGCCCUAAUUUCUUUGGGAAUAUAAUUCCAAAGAUGUACUCCGUCAUACACAAAACUAUUUUUCAUAUUGUUAGUACGUGGUUUUGGUAAACUAAGACCACUUUAAAUGUUCCGAUUAAAAGACUUAAGAUGGCAACAUUUAAUACAAAACGUAAUGUCUUCAUAUUAUUUAGGUAGAAAUUUAACCACAAUGGUUUUGUCGACUCAUAAUGUCAGUUAUUUGUCAUCAUGUGCCGUGCAUUGUUUUAACACGAGCACUGCUUGCGUCGGAUUUAAAUAUCGUUCCUCUACAAACCCUCAACCGAAUUGCGAACUAUUCAAAGCGAUGCGCAUCUGUAAUUCCAAGCCGAAAAACACAACCCAUGGAGGCAUUUGGCAAUUCUACGAGGCAGUCAGAGACAAACCGGUAAGAUGGAUCCAUAUUGUAUAUUGAUAAUUGAUUUAAUGGUGUAAAUGUGUUUAAAAUACUCAUUAAUAAUUCAUAAACCUUGUGGCAAAUCAUGGCAGCCAUAAUAUGUCACGUGGAGUGACUUUAUAUCUGAUAAAACACAUGUGGCAUUAUAUAAUUGUUCAUCUUAAUUAGCAUGAUUAUACUAUGGUUCAUCCUAAUUAGUAUUCUUUUGUAGUCGUAUUUUAAGCUAUUCAAAACACUUUAGUAUUUUAAGCCAUUCAAAACGCUCGGCUGCGCCUCGCGUUAUAUAUCUCAUAAAACACUCCUACUCGUGUUUUAAAUAGUACAUAGAAAAGGGUGUGCUCUGAAAUGGUAAUUCGGCAACUAAAAUUCACAAAUAAAAGUCAUAAUUUAUGUGGAAAUGAAACAGUUCACAUGUGAAAAAAAUUCAGUUUUGUUUAUAUAAAAUCACAUUAAUUGAUGUUUUUCGAUAUAUAGUUCCAUUUUCUUUGAAUAUUCCAUUUCUUCCCUUUCGUUCCAGCCACCACCAUGUUCGAAAGCCAAAGUGUGUAAAAAUGGUGGAACGUGUGUUGCAGAACAAUGUCCCAGUAACAGCUUCAAGUGUAUUUGUCCUCAUAACUUUACUGGCAAGUUUUGCGGUGACGAAGUGACUGGUAGGCUUAUUACUCCCUCUAUAGUUGGGGUUUACUAAGCACUAUCGUGCGGCAGAUCCAUCAAGAGAUAUAUCUUAAAUUCCAUUCUCCAGUAACAGCCUGUUUAUAUGAGCCCAGCCAACCAAGAAAUCUCGUCUGAUGAGUGAAAUCCAAAAAGUCUGGUCAACCGAUAUUAAAUUCAAAUUGUGUUCAUAUAAGAAACGGUUAGAUGACAUCUCACCUUGCGGGGAUAAAAUUUCAUAUUUUUGGGGAAAGAAACUUUAACCCACCUGACUGGAAACGAGAGGUUUUUCUGAUAUUGAUCUAUAUAAUAGUAUUAAAGGGCGCAAAAAAGGGAACUGAACUAUUUUGAAGCAAAAACAAACAAACAAGCAUAACUAUGUCCUAUAUAAUGAGCCCGCAUACAUGAAACUGCAAUAACAUACUGCAACAGUAAAGUAUUUAUACAACGUUUUAGGGACUUCUUGUAAAGAAUUGCUUCAGAUACGAAGGUAAAUUUGUUUACUUUUGGUAACACAGUACUAUAGGGCAAGAAAAUUUCUUGCCUUUUGCUUUAAGUUUAUCUACAUAUGUUUGCAAAUGGUUGAUAUUAUAUGUUAAUCCAUUGGUAAAUCCAGACCAUUAAGUAUGUUUCUAAUUUAAUUUACUUUGAAAUAUUUCAGUGAUCUACCAAACGGUGUUUACAACAUUCAAACCAAGACAGACACAGGGAUGACGAAAACCUACUGUCAGAUGACGUCACUUGAAGGCUGUGCAGGUGGUGGUUGGACCAUGGUGAUGAAAGUCGAUGGACAUAAGGUUUGAAUUUUACUUUCUAUCCCCAUUUUUGUUUGCAUGCAAGUAUAGUAUAAAUUUCCAAAUAAUAAAGUAGGAAGGAAAAGCCGGCCGUGGAAUUGCUUCGCACGAAAAAAUUUGCAUUAGAACUUCGUAAAAUCCGCUAAGGGCCUUUUCAAAUGAACACAGCUAACCUGGCAUGGUUGGAAAAUACAAAUAAUGAUGGCAAUGCAAGGACUAAGGAAUGCAAGAUGCAGUAACAAUACAAGCAAUAUAUAAAGCGUUUGCACUCAUUCCCCAGAGACCAACUCAACAAAAGCCAUGGCGGCCAUGUUGUAGUUCCAGACAAAACAGUCGAAUUAAAAUUCUUUUGAAUUGGAACACCAACAUGGCGGCUGUGACAUCAUGUGCAGACGCUCUAUACAAGAUGCAAUACACUGAGAUGUGUCACAAUACAAGGUGCAGUUUGGUUACAACAAAAAAUAUUUUAAAGAGGUCAUGUUUACAAAUAUCGUCCGAACGAGGUGGGAUAUUAGGUGGGAUAAUAUGAACGCAGAAACAAGGUAAAUAAACUAUGCAAUCUACUGCUUUAUCGAAGUAAGCAAGGUACUACUAAAUUCAUCUUGUUUAAUUAAAUUACCUUAUUUUGAAACAGAAAACAUUUAAAUACAGUUCCUCCUACUGGUCGAACAAACAAACCUUUAAUCCCAUUGGUGGAACAACUGGGUUUGAUGACGUGGAAACAAAACUGCCAACCUACUGGAGUACUUCAUUUAAGGAGCUAUGUAUUGGAAUGAAAGUCGGCAAUGAUUUACGCUUCCUGACGAUACCUUACGCUGGUGAAUCAUUGCACAGUGUGAUCGCUGACGGAAAAUUUCAUCGUACCUUUGUUGGACGAGAAAAGUGGAAGUCAUUGCUGGCGGGUGCGUCACUUCAACGGCAAUGCAACAAAGAGGGCUUCAACAACUACAAACCUUUGUCGCAAUUCACUAGUGUUCGAAUUGGUAUCCUUGGCAACGAGCAAAAUGACUGUAAUUCACCUGACUCAUUUCUGGGUAUAGGAGCCAAACACCAAGCAUCUGCAUGCAUAGUUGAUGACUCUGCAAUACCUACUAGCGGUAAUUACGGAACAUGCACAACGGACAAUGGAAAAAAGAACAUUAAGUCGAUGGGAUACGUUUUAGUUCGUUGA